UCUUCACCGCCCACGUGUCCACACCUGAGAAAGCCUCCUCCCCCUCCACCACCGCCGCGUUCGUCGCCACCGACCACCGUCGCUAUCCAAGAAGAAUAGACGACGACGACCACCCCGGAAACCGAGCUCCCACUCGCGGUGAGGUCACCAAUGGCGGACUCCCUCCUCCUCCUCGCCUGCCACCUCCUCCUCUCCCUCGCCCUCCUCGCCGCCUCCCUCUCCCACCUCCUCCUCGCCGCCACCACCCACCUCUCCCCUUCCUCCUCCCACCUCCGCCGCCUCCGCCACCCUCUCCUCCGCCUCCUCCCCGUCCUCCUCGCUCUCCCCUUCCCCUUCCUCCCCGUCUCCCCCACCGCCGCCGCCGCCCUCCUCCUCCUCCCGCCCCUCCUCCUCCCGCUCCCGCUCCCCUUCCUCCCCCACCUCCCCCACCUCCGCCCCCUCCUCCUCUCCCUCCCCCUCCUCCUCCUCGCCCGCGCCGCCUCCCUCGUCGCCGCCUCCUUCCCGCCCUCCGACCUCCAGUCCCACGCGCUCCACGUCGCCGCGGCCCUCCUCCUCGCCGCGGCCGUCGCCUCGCUGCUCGCCGCGAUCUCCCCCCCGAACCGCGGGCUCCUCGCCGAGACCGCGCUCGCCUGCGCCGGCGCCGUGGGUGGCCUCUGGGUGGGGCAGAGCGGCCUCGUCCUCUACGUCGACGCCUGCGUCCCCGCCGGGUGCCACCGCCUCAUGGACGCCGCCGUGGCCACGCCCGCCACGCGGUGCGACGUCGAGGAGGCCAGGCUCCGCGCCGUGGCGCUCAUGGACCUCGCGCUGUCCGUGCACUGCGUGGUCGUCGCGGCGGUGGCCGUGGGAGUGCACCUCGGGGUGGCUUGGUGGUGCGGGGUGGACGGCGGCGCCGGGGCGGGGAUGGGGACAGGGAGGAGGCAUAAUGGCGUCGGUGGGUCGUACGAUGCAAUGCCCACGGUGGCGUCUGCCGAGGCGGAGAUGGAACAUUUGCCGAUGAAGGGCGUCGUCGGCAAGAGCAUUGCGCAGGAAUAAGAUUGUGUUGCUUCAAUUGUGCUUGAUUAAGCAGUGGCGGAGCUGGACAGAAAAUCAAAGGGGGGCCAGCCGGCUUUUGACAGUUCAAAAAAUUAGCAAUUUCUCUUUUUUUUCAUGCAUUGGCAAUACAUAAAAGCGAAUAGUUUGCAAAAGUCGACGACAAAGAUCAGCUACAGAUGUCAGAUUUUGAAAUUUAGGAUUGGUGGGUACAUCAAGUUCAUAGUGACGUAAUUGACAUCUCAAAUUGGCUCUCUUGUUCUAAAAAAUCAGCAGGAUAGAACUUUGAAGCUAGAGAGCACACUUUAUCAAUGUUGAAUGAACUGAAUGAAUCACUUGGAUCCAAAGACGUACACAAAUUGAGAAGCUCUAUUGCUUGUUCACUGAAUCUGCUAUGAUAUAUGGGGGUAAUAAAAAAAUUGUUUUUAUUGGGAGGGGCCAUGGCCCCUGCCAGCCCCCCCUCAGUUCCGCCACUGGUUUCAGGUUACAAGACGUUUUGACUUUGGUCAAAGUCAAACUGUUUCAAAUUUAACUAAGUUUAUAGACAAAUGUAGUAAUAUUCAUAAUA